CGGAGUGGUGCUGUAUUAGGGAUUUAAUUUGUAAAAUAAUAUUAUGGAGAAAAAACCACAAGCAAAACAGUCUUGGUUUAGAAAUUUUGAAAAAAAUCUGGGUUUCAAAAAUGAUAUUAAGUGGGUGAACACAAUACUGAUAACUUUAUAUCAUAUAUUAUUUAUUUAUUGGCCCUAUCAUUAUGCUUUUCCAGUGAAAUGGCAGACGGUUGUAUUUGCGGCAAUAAUGUACGUGGCAAGCGGUUUUGGGGUCACGGGAGGCGCUCACCGACUUUGGACCCACAAGUCUUACAAAGCUACCCUGCCACUGAAACUCUUCAUGCUGAUGCUGUAUUCUUCCGCCGGCCAGAACUCUCUCCUCAACUGGGUCCGCGACCACCGAGUCCACCACAAGUACAGCGACACAGACGCGGACCCCCACAACGCUAACAGAGGCCUGUUCUUCUCUCACAUCGGCUGGCUUAUGCUGAAGAAGAAUGAAGAAGUCAUCAAGAGAGGGAAGCAGAUUGACAUGAGCGACAUUGAGAACGAUCCCGUGCUACGGUUUUAUGAGAAAUACUUCCAAUGGUUCAAACUGCUCUUCUGCUACUACCUGCCGACGAUGAUCAACGUGUGGUUCUGGGGUGAGAACUGGAAGACCGCCGUGGCUUGGCAAUGCUUCCUCCGAUACAUCACGACCUUCCACAGUGAACUCACUGUCAACAGUCUGGCUCACGCUUUUGGAUACAAGCCGUAUAAUAAAGACCUAAAGCCAGCAGAAAACCGUUUUGUCGCCACCGUAGCUCUUGGAGAAGGUUGGCACAACUACCACCACGCGUUCCCCUUUGACUACAAAGCCGCUGAGCAUUACGACUUCUUCAACUUUGGAACAGCCUUCAUCAGAUUGUUCGAGAAGCUGGGGUUAGCCUACGACCUGCGGGAAGCGACGCCGGAGAUGAUCAAUGCUAUAGCCAAGAGAUUAGGUGAUGGGACUCCUGUACAUUUCCCGCUUGAUUCGGAAAAUGAAAGAGCUGUUGGUUGAAUUUAAUAAUACGAGGAUGUUUUGAUGACGCACCAAAACUGAAUAAAAUUAUGUCUGUUUAGAAGGAUACUUUUAACUAGGUUUAGUUUAGGUUUGCAUAUAUUUCUGUUAAAAAAAUGUAUAUAGUAUGUAACAAUACAAGUAAUAAAUUAUUUUCAUGA